AUGGCUGAGGUGGUCAGACGGCCGUCGUCUCAGGCGGACGGCAGCUCCGGCUCGGGGUCAGGCUCGCGAUCAUUCAGCCAGUCACCUCAGAAGAAGGGCUUGCAUCGUUCCGACUCCUUCUCCAGUCCCACCAAGAAGCAGCUUUCUUCGCCCAAUGGUCAUCACAAGAGGUCGUCCUCCUCCAGCUCUCUGCCCACCUCACCCUCCAAACAGGAGAGGAAAAAGCUCGCCAAGGAAAUCCUCGCUUCUGGCGGCGAUCAGCUCAGAGAUACGCUCAAGCAGCGAGGCAUGCUGCACGCCCUUCUCUCCGACCCCGUCCAAUUCAUCAAGUCGAACCAGAAGCAAGGGCAGGACUAUACCGCGCUCGGUCUCGUUCCUGUCAACGACCCCAACUUUGCCGCCGCACAGAAACGCAAAGAGGAGCAGAAGCAACAUUCCUUGCUCUUACACACCGACUCACCCAAGGUCAAUGGCGCCAAUGGUAUCGAGGACGAGCUGCCGUCGUCACCGACCAAGAACGGCAAGGCGAAAUCUCGCGAUCUCUACCCGUACAAGAUCUCGCUGCGCUUCCCGGGCAAGGUGCAUCCCACCGCGACGGGUCUCGCCAACUACGGCAACACGUGCUACAUGAACAGCGUCAUGCAGUCGCUCAUCCACACGCCGCCGCUUGCGUUCGCCCUCCUCACCCAAGACCUCGACGCUCUCCACGGCGAGUGGGGAGGCAAGCCCUCGAUGCCCUUCGAUGCCGUCUCGGCGAUGCAGGCCUUCACACGCGCCUCUCUGAUGGGCAGCAAACCGACCAAUGCGCCUCGCGACUUCAACCGCAACCUCAAACUCUUUGCCAAGCCUCUUCGUCAGGGUCGGCAAGAAGACGCACACGAGUAUCUCCGGUUCCUCCUUGAGGCGUUGCAACAGUCGUCCCUCUCACUGGCACCCAAGGCGCUCAAACCGGACGACCCCGUUCGCCGCACUACGUUCGUUCAGAAGAUGUUCGGCGGCAAACUGCGCAGUCGAGUAACGUGCCACAACUGCGGGCACAACUCGGACACCUUUGACCCCUUCAUGGACCUCUCCCUCGACGUGCGCAAAGGUAUCAACUCCCUCACGGACGCAUUCCGGGCAUUCGUAGCCAAGGACCAUUUGACAGGAUCAGAAAAGUACAAGUGCGACAAGUGCAAGCGCAAAGUCGACGCGACCAAGCAAUUUACCAUCGAAAGCGCACCGCCGGCGCUGACGGUGCAUCUGAAGAGGUUCACAGCGUUUGGUGGCAAGGUCAGCAGGCAGAUCGCGUUCGACGAGGGGUUGAACAUCGCACCGUACCUGUCGGUUAAUAAGGGGCCGGCGAGGUACAGGUUGUAUGCUGUGGUGCAUCAUUAUGGGUCGGGCCCAAACAGUGGACAUUACGUGGCCAGUGUCAGGUCGCCUUCGGGCAAGUGGACCAGGAUGGACGACAGCCUUGUCUCGGAGAUGGGGCGGAGCGGGCCGACGAACGAUCAGAGCGCGUACAUCCUCUUCUAUCUCAAGGAGAAGGAUGAGCUGGAAAAGGCGAUUGCGGCGACGGUUGUGCCGAGCAAGUCGCCAAAGCAGUUGGUGGAGGGUAAGAAGCGAAAAGCGAUGCCAGAGUCCGACUCUGACUCUGAGGCAGAAGACAGCUUUGACGACGAAGCGGCGUAUCGUGCAGCGCUCAAGCGUCAAAAGUCCGCAUCUGCCGCCACGUCUCCGAUUAAAAAGCCUAAACGCACCGACGACGACAGCGACUCUUCUCUACCGCCGUCUAAGCUCAACGGCACACCAUCGGCGCUCGACCAGAUGCUAUCAUCCAAACCCAAGUCGACAACGAGCUUCUACGCCUCCCCUACGCCACGCAACCCCUUCACCCUCCCUUCCGCCUCCUCGGAUACGGAUCUGGGCACCCCACUUCCGCGGACGGAGUACGAAUCUCUCAUUGGCACCCCCGCCACCCCUGCUCGCGCCGUCGACGUGGAAGCCGACUCCGACACGUCCUUCAGCUCGCCCGCUAGCCUGUCUAAGAAAGAGAGACGGAAGCAGAAGAAAGCAAUUCAGUCCAGUGGAUCGAGAGGCAUCCCAACAUCGCCCUAUGCCAGCGCUCUGACUGGAUUGACCAACGGCAAGGAGAAAAAGAAGAGCAAGCGGGAGAAAUUGCUCGGAGGACUGGCCGGGCGGAUGAAGCCCCGAAGCUGA